AUGAAACAAGUUCCAAAGGGUGAAGAAGUUAUUCUCCAUGUUUAUGACUUAAUGGACAACACAUACCUCUACCCUGUGGGUAUGGGAGCUUAUCACAGUGGUGUUUGUAUCUUUGGUAGAGAAUAUUCAUUUAGUGAUGGUGGAAUAUUUGAUACUCGUCCUAAAGACGUAGAAGCACCAUUCAGAACAUCAAUCAAUAUGGGAAUGUUUAGAGGAAGUUAUAAGGAUUUCCAGUAUGUAGUUGAUUCACUUCGUUCAGAAUUUGCACCUGGAACAUAUAAUUUGUAUAAUAAGAAUUGUAAUUGUUUUUCAAAUGCACUUUGUUUGAAAUUAGUACAACAACCUAUUCCAACAUGGGUCAAUAGAAUGGCUUGGUAUGGAAGUCAAUUUGAGAAGUUCUUUGGAGCAGGUCCUCAAACUCAACAAAGUGGUCCAAUUCAACAAACACCAACUAACCAUUCUACCUCUCAAAUUCAAUCUUCUGGACAUAAACUAUCAGAAACGCCUUCAUCACUUCCUAGUGAUCCUAAAGAACGAAGACAAAUGAUUAUAGAACAAUACAAGAAAACAGUAACAAAAUAA